GGAUGGCAUUCAAUUCAAAAUAUUUUCUCAUUUUGGGAGACGAAUCAAAUAUAAAUUCACAUGAAACUUCCGGGGAAGAAAAUAUGUUAGUUUAUAAUGAUUUUAAAGUUGUUAGUCAGGUGUUGAAAAAAUAUAAAUCAGCAAGAUUUAAAGUAUUUGACAGCGAAGAAAAAGCAAAACAUUAUGCUAAACAUUUUUAUCAUAAACUAAAAAAAUCACAUAAUAUAUUAACUGAAAAUGCAAAUUUAGAAUCAAAUUUAUUAACCAAAAAUUUGCCUAAACCACAAAAUAUAGAUUAUUUGUCUGCAAAUAUUGCAGAAAACUUGGAAACCCCAAAUAAAAAAAAUUAUAAACUAGUUGAUAUAUCAAAUACAACAAGAUCUGAUGGUGAAAAACCUCUUCCCUUUAAAGCUCCUUCAACUACUCAAAUUAGUCAAUUUAGAAGUUUUUUAAAUUCAGAUAAUGUGAAAGAAAUACUUAAUCUACUUCAACUAAAUCCACGAUUAUUGAUAUCUCAUGGUGAUAAUCCUGUUAUUUUACAAGAAGGUGCCAGGUAUCAUGCCUUACACUUUUGUGCUCGGAAAUGUACUUAUGAGUCCUUUCAAAUCUGUUCAAUGAUUCUGAAGUUUUUAAAUGAUGAUUCUUACUAUUUACGACUUUACCCAGAAGAUGGCACUGAAAGCUUAGGGAGAAGAAAAGAAUUUUUAACCGAUCUGUACUUGAACAUUCCAGAUAAAUUACUGUUCGAAACACCCUUGCAUAUGGCGUCCAAAUUCGGAAAUACGAUGAUAGUCAAAUUACUCGUAUCUCAUCCCUUGAUCGAUAAAAGUUGCGUUAAUAAAGAAAGUUUUACCAGUUAUCAGGUUAUAUGUGACAGGUAUACUGGUAAUGACAAACCCAAAGUCUUACAAAUGAUCAAGGAUUUGCUGGAAGAUCCUUAUUACGUACCAGUUAUACGAGAUGACGUAGGCUCUGUACCAUUUUUCAUUACCUCUCAUGGCAUGUACAAUGCCGAGAUAGAAUGUUCUCAAUGGUUAACCAAUAAUCCGUCCCCCGUAAUUGGCAAGCCUUUCCAUUUUCGCGAUAAAAUGCCAAACGAAACAUCUCACGAUAGACAAAAUGAGAUUCAGCUUAGAAACAAUCACAGAUUUCACUGUAGAGACCACGUUUUUCGUGAAUCUCAAGUCAGUAGUCGCAAAAAAAUAAUCUUCGACCAAGAGGAAAUAUUAUUAACUAGUCAUUUUUCUACUCAUCUUAAUUCCAGCAAUUCAAUUUUGAAUAAUAGUCAAACGAAUACUGAUUUUUCCUUUCUAAAAAUCGAUGCUUUGGCUGGGCCUAUGCCUUACUCCAAAGCACUUGAAUUUUAUAACGUUUGGAACAAGACUCGGAAGGAUAGUUACAGCAAAAAAUCCUCUAUUAAAAGUUCAAAUAUGUUAUCGGAUAAGUCAAAUUCGUCCAUUCUCUCUUCCUGUAUCACCACAUCUCUAGACAUUACUCUUAAAGAUCCGGAGAAAGGUUUAGAAAUACAUGGUAGAUCAAUUGCAAAAUCCAUGAACGUCCCAUGGGCAGAAAGAUGGGAUUUUUUGAAUUUUCAAAAUUUUGAUUAUCCUUCUGCAAGCUAUAAUGACGUUAGUCUCUAUAGCGACUCUAUAUCCGAAAGUCAAGGUUCCCAUAUAUCUACAACCGACAUUGCUACUAAUGAUGGAAGCCAGUCGCUCUUUAAUACGUUGCCUGAAAAAUUGAAGUUGGAGGAUAUCGCAUCGCCCAAAGGAUUGAUGAAAUUCGAAAAUUACCUCAAGCAUGUUGAAACGAUGAUUGCUCUCGAUAAAUCCAGCCAAGGGGAUGAGUUUGAUAAGCAUGAUUUUUUAGACGGAUUUUCUUUGUUAUCAUCAUCCUUCAAUUCUUAUGAUAACGAACAACCUCUAUUGUUUCCUACCAAAAGCGACUUUAAAACUUUUUCUGACUCAAAUUUUAUCCAUAGAUUACUUAAUAAUCAUGAACAAUUCGAUACCUGGAGGGGUAGCAGUCAUGAGGACGUGGAGGAAAAAGAUAUAGAGGAGCCUUCUUUAAAUUUCUUGAAUUCUUUGAAACAAAUCGACUUGGAAAGUCAGGAAACAACCAAUAAUAAACCUCAAGUCUCCGAUUUAGAUAUUGCUUUGACUGAUAAUGAUUUUAAGGUGGGCGAUGCCUUAAAAAACUCCUCUGAACGAACCCCCCGCGAAGCAACCAGUGGCGAUAUUCUUGAAACAUCUCUUUGCUCUGAUUUUGAAAAAUUGUCUCUUGCCAACGGUAUUAUCCAAACAGCACCUUCCAGUACCAAUGGCAAUGAUAGCAAACAGUGUUUAAAGACCACUUAUAGUGCAAGAUCAUUCGUGUCUCCUCUAAAAAGAAGAAUUUCCAAGCUUUUGCCAUUUAAAUUAAUUAUUGAUGAUGAGAGCCAAAAUACCUUAAAAAAUCGAGAUAACCACAUGCUACCAAAAUGCGAAAUAGAAUUCAGGAACAAAACCAGAGAUGGAAGCCCCACUAAGAAGAUCAUUUUAUCGACUGACCGUGGAUCGUUUAAAGCAACCAUAGGUAGCGGGAUCUCUUCCAUAAUCACUUCUUCUUCCAAACGCAUUUUUAAUUCUUUAACACUCAAUCGAUUCUCGACUGCUAAUAGUUCACCCGUAGAUUUUAAAGAUGACGAGCCACAAUCGUCGAGUAGCGAAGAAGCCUUUUAUACUCCAUCCCAAUCUCCUACCCAAUCCCUGAUUUCUAAUAUCCCAACUUAUGAGUCAUCAAAUAUGUUUAUGGUGUCAUCAACACCUUUUGCUGGUGACAAGUUAUCGACAAUGAAACCUGCAAAAACUAUGUACAUUAAAGGGGGGAGUUCGCCGUCAAAAUUGGAUUAUGACGUUUUCAGAUGUUUUAACACAACUGGGGAUGUUGAAAUUGACCCUUUAAAAUUUCCCACCGUUUUUAAAUGGUUUCAAUCAUUGCGCAGGAAUUCUUAACUAUAAACUAACAAUCCAAUCUAAUCAUGAAUCAUUUUAAAAUUUUACCUAGC